UUACUGUCUUUCACUCUUUCUUUCUUCCCGCUUUGCUUUACUUUCUCGUUACCUUUUUUGUCUCCUCUUUCUCUCUCUCUCUCAAUCUCUCUCACCCUUCAUUCUCCUUUGAUUUGAUUACGAUUAGUGAAGAAAACUGUCCUCCGUUGGAUUGCGAAACUAGUUUGCUGAUUCUCUGGAAAGGUUUGUUUAAUUUGUUUGUUGAAUAAAGUGAAUUGAAGAAAGAAAUGGAGUGGGAGAAGCAGCUAGCGCCUCCGCCUCCGCCGCCGCAGCAGGCGGAGGAAUUGGGCGGAGGAAUGUUCGUAAAAGUGAUGACAGACGAGCAAAUGGAAGUCCUCCGCAAGCAAAUCGCCGUCUAUGCCACCAUUUGCGAGCAGCUCGUCGAUUUGCACAAAUCUAUCGCUUCCCAACACGAUCUUGCUGGAGCGAGGCUGGGGAAUCUAUAUUGUGACCCAUUAGUGACAUCGGCUGGCCAUAAAAUAACGGGCAGACAGCGGUGGACUCCAACGCCUGUGCAGCUUCAGAUUCUUGAGCGAAUAUUCGAUCAGGGCAAUGGAACUCCAAGCAAGCAGAAAAUCAAAGAGAUAACCUCUGAACUGUCGCAGCAUGGCCAAAUUUCUGAAACGAAUGUUUACAAUUGGUUCCAAAACAGGCGUGCUCGAUCGAAAAGAAAACAGCAGGUUACAGCAACGAAUAAUGUUGAAUCAGAAGUGGAGACCGAGGUUGAUGAGUCACCCAAUGAUAAGAAGACAAAGCCAGAGGAUUUUCAGUCCUCUCACAUCGCAACUUCAAGGGCUGAAGAUGUCUGCUACCAAAACCCUCUCGUCAGCUCGCCUAUGCAUUCCAUUGAUCCAAGAAGUAGUAAAGCCGAGCCUAUGUUUCCUUCAGAGAGUACUUCAAAACCUGCUGGGAAUUUCGCCCAAAUGUCCUUCUAUGGCUUAUCAAAUCCAAGAAUGGAUCAUCAGAUGAUUGGAAAAGUUGAAGUUCCGGGGAGCUAUAAUCCUUAUCUUAAUGCAGAAGAUUACAAUAUGACGGGUUGAAACCUUUUGCAGCAGAAGUUAUAGGGAUAUUUAACAAAUUCAGAUUGAACAUGGAAGUCAAGCAAACUUGUGCUGGAGUCACGACGUUGCAUUGAUUUGGCGUCUGAUGCAUAGUAGCCAGUUUCAUGGAAAUAUAUAUAUAUUCCACAUAGACGACGCGUAAAAUAUAUAAGUUUAGUGCAUCAUUUUUCAAAACUAGUUCUCGAUCCAUUAGCAUAGAGUGAAUGUUGCCUGGUUUCUAUACAAUCUUUCUGCUUUGUUGGCUGAUUUGUAUCAGUGUUUUCAGUCUUUUAAUUUCAAGACAAAAGUAUGUGUUCACAGU